AUGGGAUUGAAGAAUUCUGGUGCACAAUGGAUGUUGUAUUUGAUGAACGAUGUCUUGGAGUAUCUUGAUGACUUUGUAAUAUGUUAUAUUGAUGGCUGUUUGAUCUAUACAAAGGAUAAUGACCUCGAAUUUCACAAGAAAUAUCUGCAUAUGGUAUUAUUCAAGAAACUACAGGAAGAUGGUCGCGUGAUGUCUAAAGCCAAAUGUAAGUUCAGUCGCAAGGAAAUCAUACUUUUGGGUCAAAAUAUUGUUGCUGGUCAAGUCAUCAAGCUGUCUCAGAAGAAGGUGGAUGCUAUCGCUUCGUGGCCUGUCCCUAAGACUGUGUAG